GCGACCUAAAAUAUGAACGCUGUGGAAUUUCUCAGUCGCACCGACCGCCGCAACCUCAAAUCCCAAAUGGGCUUUCAGGUGGCGCGAAAGAUGCGAGAAUGGUAUGAGGAUGUGGACAACCGCCGCUGGAAUCUCUGUCUCCUGCUGCAAAAUGAGGCUUUGCAGGCGGACGAAAAAAUUGCUGAAAUGCUGCAGGAGCAGGCAGAUGAGGCGGAUCGAAGGCGACACGAGUGGAUCGAAAUGGAGCGACUGAAAAGAGAGGAGGCCGAAAGGGAACUGGUCAAGGUUAAGAUGCAGCAAAGGGAAAUUGAAAACUCAGAGGCCCAUCGUCACAUGCUCACAAAGGAGAUCCUCUUGGAGACCAAACAAGCUCAGCUCCAUCAAAUACAGGAGAAAAAGGCUCUAAGGCGCCGACAAGCCUGCGUGGAGAUCCUUUGGCAGCGAGUGUGGCAGCGAUUGGACGAAAGUAGGGCCCAGCAGGAGCAAUAUGAACAGAAGCUACGAAACUUGAUAGAGGGCAGGUGCCAGGCCCAGAAUCUGGAAAGGGAUCGAGAGCUGAAAGCUCAGUUCGCCAAGGAAGUGUUGGCUGACCAACGAGAAUGCUCCCAGGCCCUGGAAAUUGCUGCCGAAAUGGAUGUACUGAAGAAAGCACAUGACCUCAAGAUGGUGAAAGACAAACGCCGCCAGCAACUCACUGACUUGCAGGAUCAGAUCAAACAGAAUCUUAUGAUUUGUGCCGAACAUUCGCAGGCCAAGAUCCGUGAGGAUGCGGGGCACAACAUACUCGAAGAUCAGCAGAUUUACGAAGAUCUCAUGGAGAAGCGAUGCGCCAGGACCCACAAUCGCGAUUGGCACCAGCGGUAUAUGACACAUAAGGCUGAGGAGCGUGCCGCUCGUAAGGAGGAGGAUCGUCGGCAUGAGCGGAAUUACCUGGGCACUGGGUGUGUGCUCAGUCAGCAGCAGAAGCGUCCAUAUGGCAAAGAAGUUCGCUAAUACGAGUGGACUCAUCAGCGCCAUCGAUCGAUAACCGACGCACUCAUGUCACGCAUCUCAUAUUUGGAUAGCAUAUUGCAAUUAUAUUUACGACUGAUAUAAAUCAGGCGAUGGCAGCGAUAAGGAAAAGCGUAUCACGCACGGGCGGCAUAAAAACCGUGAUAAUGCCCACCAUCAACGUCACCGGGGAAGCUGACCAGCUUGGCCAGCCGCCAGCGGGCAAAUAUGCAAAUUGAAAAUGCCACUACAGUCAAGCCUUCAUAAAU